CGGUCGUCGCCAGCCGUUGGGGGAGCGCCAGAGCGCAUGCGCGGGAGAAGCAGCGGUGGCGGCUCCUCGGCCUCGCGGCGGAGGAAGACGGGCGGGAUCCCAAAACUGAGAGGACGCGGCGCUGCUCCUUCCUCCGGUCAUCAUGGCUGACCAACUGACUGAGGAGCAGAUUGCAGAGUUCAAGGAAGCCUUCUCCCUCUUCGACAAAGACGGCGAUGGUACCAUCACCACCAAGGAGCUGGGCACCGUGAUGCGCUCCCUGGGCCAGAACCCCACCGAGGCAGAGUUGCAGGACAUGAUCAACGAAGUGGAUGCGGAUGGCAAUGGCACAAUUGAUUUCCCAGAAUUCCUCACUAUGAUGGCCCGGAAAAUGAAAGACACAGACAGUGAAGAAGAGAUCCGUGAAGCCUUCCGAGUUUUUGACAAGGAUGGCAAUGGGUACAUUAGCGCCGCCGAGCUGCGCCACGUGAUGACCAACCUGGGCGAGAAGCUUACGGACGAGGAGGUGGAUGAAAUGAUCCGAGAAGCAGAUAUAGACGGGGACGGGCAAGUCAAUUACGAAGAGUUUGUACAGAUGAUGACCGCCAAAUAAGACAAGCCGCUGCCUCUCGCCCUCCCCCUCGCUCGCCCGCCCCCCCUCUCCCCACGCCCGUUCAGGAUGGAAAGAUGGCCUGCUUCCCGCUGGGAUCUUAUCCAGCGCCACCUGUCUUUGUCUGUGUACAGCUCAUGCCCCAUUGACGCUUUUAGCAGUUUGUGGCCGUUCCCUGCUCUGCCCUCCCUUUGCCCGCCCUCCUCCUGUCCCCCGGGGUGGGAGCGGUGGUGGCCGGGGACGGUGCCUCGAAGCCCUUGUGGAGAGCGAUGGGCUGGACUAUGCGACACCUUUGGACCAAGAGGUGGGUAGGAAGGUGAGGCCGCCCCCUCUUCCCCUGGUUCAACCCCUUGCCUUGCAACCCACGGUUUUCUCUCCCUCCCCCCCCCUCCUGCAUUCAUGGACUGUUGUUGUAUGCAGCCUCCUUGCAUACUUCCGCCAUCGGACCGUUGUCUUCCUAGGACUAUCUGCAUAUCUUGGAUAUAUUGUAAUUGUUAACCUAAUCAAUAACCGUCCUCUCCACACAACCCCACCCCCUCCAGACCCUCUCCAUAGCUUCAGGGAAUGCUUCUGUUCCAUUCCAGUUGAUGUAAAGGUUUCUUUUUAUUAUUAUUAUUUUUUCCUCCGUUCUUCUUUUAAAUAAACUUUUGUGUUUCAAA